UCCUACCUACCUUCCUUCCUUCGCUGCUUCCCUCCUUCUCCUUCCCAUCUCCUUCCCUCCCUCCCUUCCUAGCCCAGGAGGGGAUGGGGGGAGGGCCAGGGGGCUGCAGGCUAGUGAUGGUUAGGGACCUCCUAGGACGGGGUACCACCAGGAGAGACUGAGAGGAGCAGACGAUAGUAGGGCGGCUCUGCGCGUGCCUGGAGCUCGGGAUCUCGCAUUCCCUGACAUACCGGUAUCCGCGGGGAGGGGGCGGGAGGCGGGGCGGAGGGGGCCUCGGAGAUAAAAAGGAAGGCAGCUGGCGAGGCCGGGCAGGGAUCGGGCCAUGGAGGCGGGGGAGGCGCUGGGGGUGGCCGCGGCGCUGCUGCUGGGUCUCUACGCGCUGCUUUACUACAACUUCGGAGCGGCCACCCGGUGUCGGAACGCGGUCAGCCUGCGGGGCAAGACGGUGCUCAUCACAGGUGGGAAUAGUGGGAUCGGGAAGGCCACGGCGGUGGAUCUGGCCCGGAGAGGCGCCCGCGUCAUUCUGACAUGCUGCGACAGAGUGAGAGGAGAAUCGGCUGUGUACGACAUCAGACGGGAAAGUGGGAACUCGGAGGUGAUCCUGAUGAUCCUGGAUCUGAAAAACCUGAACUCCGUGCGAGCUUUUGCGCAGAUCUUCUUAAAAUCGGAGCCCCGUCUGGACAUCCUCAUCAACAACGCAGGAGUUGUUAAAUGUGGCCAAACCAUCGAUGACUUUAACCAGAAUUUCCAGGUCAACCACUUGGCCCACUUCCUGCUGACCUACCUGCUCCUGGACCGGCUGAAGCGCUGCGCCCCGAGCAGGGUCGUAAUCGUGGCCUCGAAUAUGCAUUCCUUUGGGGAAAUCGACUUUCGGACCAUCCACAAGCCGGUGGAAGGGAUGUGGCAAGUGAUAAAAUCGUACAGCAGCAGCAAACUAGCCAACAUUCUCCACGCAAGAGAGUUGGCCAACCGUCUGGAAGGAACCAACGUCACCUGCUACGCGGUUCAUCCAGGAUUUGUUCAAACCGAAAUUGCUCACUCCCAUCCCCGUUGGGUAAUUUGGCUGCUGCGGACCGUCAAACCGUUCCUCCGAGGUGGGAAAAGUGGUGCCCAGACCUCCAUCUACUGCGCCACCGAGGAGGGAAUCGAGAGGCUGAGCGGGAGGUAUUUCGUGGACUGCCUGCCGAAGGUGCCCUGGCCACAAGCCUGCGAUGACCAGGUGGCCGAGAAGCUCUGGGAAUUCAGUGAGUUGCUGCUGGGACUGACCACUUCAGACACGGAAAAACAGAGGCGGCAUUUUGGGUAACUGAAAGUGGGCGUCCAAUUACAGAUAAUUCCUGAUUCAUAAUCAUUCAUCUAGUGACCAUUCAAAG